GUUCCGUUUAUUCAGGACUUCCUGUAGGUUGAAGCGGCGUCGCGGCCGUGCAGGUUUGAUUGCGAGCUGCUGGAAUGCAGACGGUCCACUUCAGCACUGAAGAUUAACUUUUGUACAGAAACCACCACUAGAUGCCUUCAAGGACUCCCUGUCUUUUUUGUUAAGUAAAGCGGCUCAUUUUUUUUUUUCCAGCAAGAGCAGUCCCAUCCAUGUCUCCAGCUCUGGCCAGGUCGGCUCCCAGUGAGCUCAAUCACUGGUGGAGUCAGCUUAAGUUUCGCCUUCAGAACAAGAAAGGAUGGAACGAGAUGUUGGAUGAGACCUUCCUGCUCCACACCAAGUGCACCAACGACGUCCCCCUCUUCUACGCGGCCAAACGAAAUAGCGUAGGCUGCAUCACGAAGCUCCUCAGCUGCUCUUCCACCAACAUCUUUGAACGAGGCGCUCUCGGGGAAACGGCGCUCCACGUCGCCGCCAUGAAUGACAACCUGGACGCCGCGGUGGCCCUGAUGGACGGAGCCCCCGAACUCAUCAAUCAGCCCAUGACCUCUGACCUCUUCCACGGUGUGACUCCUCUCCACGUGGCUGUGGUCAACCAGAACUUGAAUUUAGUCUACGAGCUGCUGAGUCGCGGGGCGGAUGUGUCGACGCCGAGAGCCUCUGGCUUAUACUUCAGGAAGAGGAUAGGAGGACUUAUUUACUACGGUGAGCACAUACUUUCGUUUGCAGCGUGUACCGGCAAUGAGGACAUCAUCUCCAUGAUCAUCGACGCGGGGGCCAGCACCAGGAUCCAGGAUUAUCGAGGUAACACGGUGCUUCACAUUUUGGUCCUGCAGCCCAACAAAACAAUUGCAUGCCAAGCAAUUGACGUGAUCAUGGCCCGCGAUGCAGAACUGGACCAGUCGGUACCGCUUGACAUGGUGGCCAACUCCAGAGGCGUUACGCCUUUUAAACUGGCGGCCAAAGAAGGAAACGUAGUGGCCUUCCAGCACCUGGUCAACAAAAGACGUUUGGUCCAGUGGAGUCUGGGACCUUUGACUUCGCAUCUCUAUGAUCUUACCGAGAUUGACUCCUGGGCCGAUAACGGGUCAGUUCUGGAGUUGAUCGUGGGAAGCCAACAGAAAGAGGCUAGGAGGAUACUGGAGGUGACUCCAGUGAGGCAGCUGGUUAACCUCAAGUGGAACCUGUAUGGAAAGCACUACUUCAGACUGCUGAUGGUUUUCUACCUGCUCUACAUUGGAACAUUCACACUUUGUUGCACGUAUCGCCCUCUAAAGGAUGCUCCUGAAAACUACUCAUCGUCUCAUAUGGAUAAAACCAUCCGAGUCCAGAAGACACUCAGUGAGAGUUAUGUGACCUACGAGGAUAGCUUGCGUCUGGUGGGCGAGGUCAUCAGUGUGCUGGGAGCAUUGGCCAUCCUCUUGCUGGAGAUACCUGACAUCCUGCGGGUGGGAGUGAGGCGUUACUUUGGUCAGACGGCACUGGGCGGUCCCUUCCACGUCAUCCUCGUGAGCUACGCAUGCCUGGUCGUGUUGCUGUGCGUGUUGAGAGCCUGCAGCGUGCACGGCGAGGCCGAGGUCAUGGCGGUGUGUCUGGUGCUGGGAUGGAGCAACGUCAUGUUCUUCGCCCGUGGUUUUGAAAUGCUCGGCCCUUAUGUCAUCAUGAUACAGAAGAUUAUCUUUGGAGACCUGACCAAGUUCAUGUGGUUGAGUUUCAUCGUUCUGCUCGGCUUCUCAACCUCCCUGUGGAUGGUGUACAUGACCCAAGAUCCAGAGUCCAUCCCGGCGUAUCGCUCCUUCCCCAUCACGCUCUUCUCCCAGUUUGAGCUCAGCGUGGGCCUCAUCGACCUGCCGGUGGACCACACGUUCACCACGCCCCCUAUCGUCCAUGUGCUGCACUGCGCCUUCUCUGUGGUGUCCUACAUCCUUCUGCUCAACCUGCUGAUCGCCAUGAUGAGUGACACCCACUGGCGGGUGGCCCAGGAGAGAGAUGAGCUGUGGAGGACUCAGGUGGUUGCUACGACGCUGAUGCUGGAGAGGAGGCUUCCCCGCUGCCUUUGGCCUCGACUCGGAGUCUGUGGGCUCAGCUACGGACUCACAGAACGCUGGUACCUCCGGGUGGAGGACAGGAACGACCCCAUGUUACAGAAGAUGCGGCGAUACAUGAAAGUGUUCACCAAGGAGGACGACAAUCACAAGGAAGACCCACAGAAUGAGGAUGCGAACCCAAAGCUUAUAUCGAGGAACAGACGAUGGCAGAUGAUUCGUCGCAGCGCUUUGGGCGUGGACAUGGAGCAGGAAGAGCCUGAGGACGAGCAGGAAAUAUGUCCGGAAUAAUUUAUAUAUGCCUUGUGGUAUUGUGGUGUAGAAAAUAGGAAUAUUUUGUAUUUUUACUGCGUAUAACGUAGCACAAAUACGCAAAGCACAAAUAAUUUAGAUGGGCUGGCCACCGGUCCAGCGUGGACCCCGCCUCUCGCCUGAAGUCAGCUGGGAUAGGCUCCAGCAUACCCCUGCAACAUCAGUGAGGAUAAGCUUAAUAGAAAAUGGAUCCAAAAAUGAUUUAUAUAUAUAUAUAUAUAUGUAUUUAUUUAAUUCACAUGAAUCUUACUAACUAAACAGCUGAUCAACCUGACUUGGUUAACAUGUUUUCUGUGCUCCAACUCUGGAGUUGGGAACCAACGAUAUUUCUUAACACAAUAAAAGUUUUUUUUCUCCA